UAACAGACAAAUAUAAAAGUCCAAAUCCAAAUCCAAAUCCAAAUUCCAAGUUUUAUACAAUAUGAAUUCGAAUUCGAAUUCAUCCACCUUCUUCUCCGCCUCUCCUUCGUCUUCUCCUUCCUACUCUCGACUGUAGAGAUUUGGCGGAUAGUGUGAUAACAGCACCAGCUCACCUGUAAAUUGUCUCUGUUUCACUCACUCCACGCGCUUUUCCGUCAUCGCAAUCCACUCCACCGCCUUCUGAUCACAACCAAAACCACUCCACAGCUCUCGAUCGUUCAUUCCAUCACAGACUCUCGCUCAAUUGCUCAAGAAAUUUACAUUCAAAAAUGCCGGAGAUUCAGUUGGGUUCUCACACAGUAAGGUCUCAUGGAGUUCAAGUGGCGAGGUUUCAUAUGCAUGAUUGGCUGAUUCUGGUGGUUCUUGCGGCCAUAGAUCUUGGUCUGAACUUGAUAGAGCCUUUUCACCGCUUUGUUGGAGAGGAUAUGAUGACAGACCUGAAAUACCCAUUGAAAGGCAAUACAGUUCCCUUCUGGGGUGUUCCGAUAAUUGCAAUACUGUUACCGCUUGCCAUCAUUGUUGUCUACUACUUCAUCAGAAGGGAUGUCUAUGAUCUGCACCAUGCCAUUUUAGGCCUUCUGUUUUCUGUCUUUAUAACCGCCGUUUUAACUGAUGCAAUCAAAGAUGGUGUUGGACGACCUCGUCCAGACUUCUUUUGGCGUUGUUUCCCUGAUGGAAAAGGGGUGUUUGAUCCUGUCACAAAGAAUGUCAUGUGUACUGGAGAGAAGAGUGUCAUUAAGGAAGGACACAAAAGCUUCCCAAGCGGGCAUACUUCAUGGUCCUUUGCAGGUCUUACUUUCAUUGCAUGGUACUUGUCAGGGAAAGUGAGGGUGUUUGAUCGCAAGGGGCAUGUUGCAAAACUCUGUAUUGUCUUUUCUCCAUUACUACUUGCAGCACUGGUAGCAGUUUCUCGAGUUGAUGACUACUGGCAUCACUGGCAAGAUGUUUUUGCUGGAGGUCUUCUAGGAGUCAUUGUUUCUUCAUUUUGUUACUUGCAAUUCUUUCCACCACCAUAUGAUACUGAUGGCUGGGGACCUCAUGCGUACUUCCAGAUGCUGUCAGACUCUGGAAAUGCUCAGCCACCGUCCACUAACGCAAGUAGUCUUAAUGUACAGCAAGCAGAACUGGAGAGUAUAUAUAUCCAUCAUCAUCAGGUUGUUGAAGCAUCACAAACCAGUAGUGGAGACACAAACCCCAUGCUAAAUGGUGGGAGAAUACACUAGCUCUAGGCAGUAUGCUGCAACUGCAGAAAGUAGUAAAGAGUUAGUGAUCAGAUAGAUGUUCAUACUCUAGGAUCCGCGGAUGCUUGAAUUUCACUACAGAUUCUGAAAUCUAUAAUCCAUACCAUAUGUAGACCAUUUUUUUCUUCAUCUGGGACCAUCCCUUUUUUUUGCCUAAGUUUGAUUAAUUGAUUUGUUUUAGGAUU